AUGAAUUGGAAGGUCGUUACACGGUUUUUAAGCUCUUCAACGAGGGUAUUGGCCGAUGAAAGCGUUACUGUUGGUGCAAAGAGCGCAGCAAGUCCCAAGACCGCUAGAGCUCUGUCAAUCUCGCCCAAUUUGUAUCUGGAGCCAUCUAAAUGGAAAGGUUUGCCGUCUGAGUCUAUUUUUCAAUUGUAUCGUGAGCGAAUUGUCAAAUUGGGUUCCAAUUACAAGCAGUGCGAUGCGGAAUUGGAAGCUUUGUUGAGUACUGCUGAAGAGACUGGCGUCCUACAGCGUGAUAUCCGUAAGAUCUACCAUAAUGGUGAAAAGGGUGCAGCAGAUAUUAUUGGAGGUAGUUUGCAGGAUAGUUAUAGUCCUCGCCCAUUCUUGUUCGAUGAAUUACCUUCUCAGGCGCAAGAUCUUGUUGCCCAACAUCGUGAACAGAGGUUUUACAAUCGACUAGCAGCAUACGAAUUGCCCUUGUUGGCACAAUACCGUCAACCAUACAGAAAACAAGCUACCAAAACUCAUCCAAUUCAGUACAGGUUCACCACUUAUCUGGGCGAAGACCAUCCCAAUGCAAGCAAAGUGGUUUUGCAGGUGAAAACACAAGACCUGGGAUUGAGCGCCAAGGAAGUGCACAAAUUCCGUCUGCUGGCCAGGACACGUUAUGACCAUUUAACAGACGUUUUUAAGAUGUCUACCAGUAAGUUUCCAGAGGCUGCUCAGAACGCUCGUUACUUGAACGAUGUAUUCCAGAGACUCCUUAAGGAGAGCAAAGACCUCACAGAUGACUUUAGUGAUGUGCCACUAGACACUAGACAUACCGUGGCCAAGAACCUGCGCAAGAAGAGACACGAUCAUGUAUUCCCAGAAGAAUGGAAACGUCCCGAAGAUGCUCCAAAGCCCAAGCUUGAUAUUGUUUCUCAAAUAGAGAAGAACUUGUGA